AUGACAUCGCGCGUCCAGCUCGACUUCUUCGUGCCGCCGCCGGAGCGGCGACAGUGCGUGCGCGAACGGCUGGCGCAGCAGCGCGCGCCGAUGUUCGAGUGGCGGCACGACUUCGCGGAGUCAGCUUUCGACGCGGCCACAGGCGAGCGCCGCCCGCUGCGACGCAUCUUUAACCCCGUGGCGAAGGAGCGCCCGGCUUCCGUGCGCCGUAUCCACGCCGCGGCACACAACGCGGGUGCGCACGCUGCAGCCACCACAGCGUCCUCAGCACGGCCAGCGACAGCCCCCGUGUGGGAGGCUGCGGCGAGCGGCAGCGCUGAUCGGCGCAGUGCGUGGAAGCAGUCCGGCUUCAGGUUCACUGAGAACUACUUCCGCAAGAGCGCGCACUUGCCGGUGUCGCAGUUGCGCCCCCACACCUCCGCCUCUGCGUCUGGCUUGCUCCGCAGUGCGCGCCGAGGCGGGGUGUACGUGCCCUACCUGCACGACACCAUUCUCUUCUGCGAGCCUCUGCCGCGUUCGAUGGAGCUGCAUCGUGGUGGCCCUGGUGGUGGCGGCGGCGGCGACGGCGCUGCAGCAGCAGCCGACCAGUUGCCGCCGGUCAAACGGCCGUCCUCCACGGCAAGUGUGGUGCUGGCCGUCACGUGCAACGCCGCCGAGUCGCGCGCGAGGGAGUUGCAGGCGUCGGUUGAUGCGAAGAGGGCAGCGCUGCUGGGCUGCUCGAAGCCGGCGAACUGCCUAUACGCCGCUGGCGUCAAGAGCUUCACCUGCGAUGACGACGUCAGCACAGGGGCAACUGCGCAAGGCGAAACGUGCUGCGACGUCGUGGGGCCCUCCAUCGCGGCCAAGCAGCGCGCGUUGGCGAUGGCCGAGGGCGUGUACACAGACCUCAUCCUUAAUCGAGGCAAAGCUUGGUCAGCAACAGCAACGGCGGCCGCCGCGAAGACGGAGCUGCCGACGGGCGAACUGGCCUACAGCCUGAGGCCGUCCUACGUGCAGUCGCGUCUUCGCCGAACAGCAGGGCGGCGCAGCAGCAGCAGCCAGAAUCUCGGCACCGCCGGCAUCGUCUCAGACCGCUACUCCGCAUCGUUGGACGAAGUGAUGAGUGGCACCACGCAGCACACCACGGCGGUGACAUCGCCCAUGAUGGCGUGCGUGUCAGCGCCACACAUCCGCGGUCACCGCGGCAAUGGUGUAUCGGGACCACCAUCGGAGCGCGCCAUCACGCGGUCCCCUGGCAACGACAGCAUCGCCGGUACAGUGCCGCUUGCGGCGACGGAGGUGGCGCUCGCGGACACAAUCACCUUUGUGCGGCGCAGCGGCAGCACUGCGUACCACAGCAGCACGACGGCGGCACCGCCGCCAGCCCUCUCGCCGAUGGAACUCAGGCACGACGUCGAGGACACAGGGAAGACGCGCAGCCCAGACGGCGUCCGUGGCCUAGCCACAUCCAAGACAUCUCCUACUGCAGCCGCGGCCGGCCUGCGAGCCGGGCACCGCCAGGGCCUUCAGCCGACGUCGUCAUCGUUGCCGAGCCACGGAAACACGCAGCGGCAGUCCGACUCGAACCCCUUGCUGCACCAACUCUACCGGACAAGCAACAGCACCGACUCGCCGACGUACCUGCGCACCUACGGCGAUGCCGGCGGCAGCACCAUCGCUGGCGGCAGCAACUACGGCAGCGGUGAAGGGGGGGGUCAGCGCCAUCGUCGAGAUGGGCGCGACGCCAGAGACAGCCCUCACCAAAGCCCCCUCAGGCCGAGAGGGGGAGGGGACGUGAGCAACGAUGCGCAACAAGAGCACCACCGCUACCAGCGGCCCUUCACGGCGUACCGUCUGCCGACGGAGUCGAAGGAGACGCGGGUGUACGCGGUGCAGUUGCGUGGCUUGUGCAACGCGGACCCGUCGCUUCUCAAGCGCGCCGAGCCGCUGCGGCGCGGGAUACCGGUGAUGCUACCACCGGACUGGCAGCCGAACUGCUGA